CCGUUGUCGUCCGACUCGACGAUGACCCCGGUCCGUUGUCGAGUUCGACUCGACAAUGGCCAUACGACUUGGCGCUGGUCCACCGUCGAGUUCGACUCGAUUGCCUGGGUUCAUCGUCGAGUCGGACUUGACAGUGGCCGGAGGCUUUGGCGCUUGCCGACCGUCGUGUUCGACUCGACGACGCCCCAUUGUCGAGUCGGACUUGACAAUGGCCCGUGGCUUUGGCGAUUGCCGGCCGUCGUGUUGGACUCGUUGGCCCCCUGCUGGCCACUGUCGACUUCGACUCGACGACGCCCUACUGUCCCACCGUCGAGUUCGACACAACGGCGACGGGCUGGACAUUGUCGAGUCCGACUCGACAAAGGGCAGAGGCGUUGGAGCUGGCCGGCUGUCGACUUCGACUCGACAAUGGCCAGCCGGCCGUCGUCGAGACGAGCUCUACGAACUCGACCGUCGGCAAGCGCCAAGGCCUCUGGCCAUCUGUCUGAGCUUUGUCGAUUGUUCGUCAUCGACCUUGUCGCGACGAACAGGACGAUGGAUAGCCGCCGAUGGAAUUUUUCAUUCGGCAGCGCUGCAAAACAUGGAAGGAGAGGGGAAGGCAAGUAAACGACGAGCAAGUAAGAAUUUCGGGAGCAUGGAACAAUCUCCGAAAAAAUCGAAGGGGACGCCGUCCGCUGGGGUUGGGAGUCAGGAGGCACCGGGGUCUAAGCGGCAAUGCACCCCGGUUUCGAGGGGUGCACCUUCCACGGGCACUCCGUCGACUCGUGUUCGGGGCUCUGGACCGGAUAAGGCUGUGUUGAUGACUGGCGGGCCUGCGGGUCAGGAACGUGCGCCUGGUCCUCAGCAGGGGAGAUCUGCAGUGGAGGUUGUGCCCGGACGUAAACCGUCUGGAGAACGUAAAUCGUCUGGCGAACGUAAACCGUCUGGUGAAACGACUACCGCGGGUUGGCGAGACGAUGUGCCCGUGAUUUACCACAAGGACAAGUUCUGGAUGCUGGACUGGGUGGGGGAGACCGGACAACCAUCAAGUGGCUUUGUUCUAUACGUGGUCAUCAAAGAAAAUAUUGUGUCGGUUGGCGGCCUGGUGAGAGAGCCGGUUGUGCAUCCAGAGGACCGCAUAUCAGAGCCUAGAUGCGUGCUUUCGAAAACCGUGAAGACAGGGCCUUCGAUCACGAUCCGCGAUACGCCGCUUGGUUCGAAAGCUGGGCAGAUCGGAGAGAAGGGUCCGUGCCGCGGACUGGUCGUACCGUCAGCCCCUAUGAAGACCAGGCCAACGGCGACCAAAGCACCAGUUGCCUUGGGCAGCCGAUCGCGCUAUGAUGUGGCCACCAAGGGACAUCUCCCCUUGGUGGGCCAGCAGCGCUAUGACUACACUGUGCCAAGCCGCGCAGAGGAAGCCCAUGAGUAUUUUGAGGAUGAAGAUGAAGAGAACAGCGAUGAAUAUUCGGAACGAGCAGGAGGACAUGAACAAUAUGCUGCGGGUGUCAGCGGCAUGACGAGGCAUCCAGGAGAGACAAGUAAAGUGGUUGGACAGGAUGAAGACAGUGAGCACACUAUAAGUGAAUUGGGUGGGGAGGUUGGUCUGGCAGGAGGAUAUGGGAGCAGCUACGAAGGAUGUGAGGGGGAUGUGCACGCGACAAUGGCUGUGGCUGGGCAUACAGAUGCUGCAGGGCUCACUGAGCGAAAGAGGAAGCACAGGCAGGAGAGGAAAAGUCUUAUGGAUAGUAAGCGGAGUAGGCAAGAAGCGGGUGAAAAAAGACAAUUGAAAGUAAUGCCCGUGGAUGAGGCAGUCCAGCGAACACGGGAGACUGAGGCAGCCGCGAAGAAAAAGCAGCAGCCAAAGAAAAGAAAGGCAAAAGGUGGUGUCAUGGAAAAGACUUCCAUUUUUCCAGCGGAACAACCACAGUCGGAUGAAGAGGCCAAAGGCAAGACAGUUACUAGGCCGCCAAGUUUGCGAAAUGUGCCAUCAGUUACUUCUUCUGGUGUUCUCAGCAAAGGCUUCUUCCUUGAGUUGGACAAGCGUGGGAACCAAUGUCCAGACAUGGAAUUCAUUUAUGUCCAGUUCGACAUAAUUAUGGAUAUCCCCGACGGGGAAUUCAGAUACAAUCAACGCUAUCUUGUGCAGCAGACGGUUGACGACAUUUAUGACGCAAUGGUUGCAUCGGGUGAGGCUGCUAUGAGAGAGAGAAUGAUUGGAGCUGCCGGUGUGAAUGUUUGUACAUUGGAGGAUUGUGAGAGCAGGAGGGUGCUACCCGAUGAUUUCGACCUCGAAUAUGUGAACAAGUACUACUACUACCCUCUUAGCGGUCAGCAUAACGUGGCGGCGGCAAGAAGGUGUUUUGUUGAACGCCCUGACAUCGCACAAGAGCUCCGAUUGGAUCGCUGGACUGCGAGGCCUGUUUAUUAUCCGGAUAAGAGCAUGGACAAUUACGGCACGUUGAGCACUUUCCAGAACGCCAAGGACAAAUGGAAUACCCCACCGCACCAGAUCAUGGUCAUCCAGAACAUACGGAAGUUGUGGCACGAGUCGAACUGUCCUGAAGCUAAAGGCGGCUCAGCGGCAGAAGUGAAAAAUGAAGAGUAUAGAAAGUUUGCAGGAGAGGCUCUUCGUUUGACCGAGAUUCGUAAUUUGAUUGACAUGUCCCUUACUACUCAAUGGAGCGGUCAGUGGUCUAACGCCCUCGGGCCCUACAUGUUGUUGGCAAGGGCGACAGAUGACAUUUUCGAAAAGGUGAAACAAGUGUACGCCGCUUGGGAAACUGGACAAUUGCCGGGGAGAGAUGCUGUGAAGCCUGCUACCAAACAAGGUGAAUCAGGGAAGGCACCGAGGGCUGGACUUGGAUUUGAGUUGAAAGGUGGAGUUAGGUAUCCGGUUCACUGGGUUCAGGGUACCAAAGGACCUGGUUACCUCGUGGCUGUGCACGAUCCGGAUAUCAGAGCGUGGAAGCCUUUUUCAGCGCUUGGGAGGCGUGAGCGGUUGCAACUGUUGCGAGACAUUCUCACAGGCAGUGUAAUACUGACUCCUAAGCAAAGUGGAGCUGCUCAACCAAGCACUCCAGCUGCAGAUCGAUCAUCUGACAAGCAGGUGGGUAACGUAUCAGCACUUGUGCGCAGAGAGAGAAGACCAAAGAUGUUGGUUAAUGUCGUGGAGAAGAACUUCACGCCCACGAAGUUGAAAAUGGCAGGAAUGGAGCCAAGGGAGAAAUUUGCGUAUGAAGGUAUGGAAACGGAACCAAAUGCGAUGGUGGAGACAUUGGAGCAUUUUUGUCCUGCGGAUGAGGCGGUUGUUUUCCUGGGAAAAGGUCAUGCGGUGUUGAUUUGGGAGUUGUUAAAGAGUCACCGUCAUUGCAUUGUUCUGGAAGGGGAGGGUAUAAAGUUCGAGUUUCUCGUUCAAUUCGUCACCAAGAUGGUCAAGAGUGGACUUUACUUUGCCAACUUUGCUAAGCCGCCUCCUCGACAUGAUGAAAAGCGUGAUCUCAUCUACAAAAUCGUCCAAAACAGCGUCAACAUUUGGGAGUUCCUUUUCGAGAAUAAGCCACAAAACAAAGGGGAACGUGCAUAUGUCGUCAGAAGGCGAAAAAUGGAAUCACUUCUGAGGGGGUAUCAUAAGGCACCGGAGGAGACGGAAGUUGCAUUUCUAGACCAUUUGGAGAUGAUGUACUUCGACGAACAAAUCGGGGCGUUUACAAUCGCAGCUUAUGCAACUUGUUUUGGGGAAGGCUUCGAUGCUGAGGACUCAGAGGAAGAAAGUGAAGAUGGUACUUUGCAAGCGGCUUUGGCAGAUGAGAGGCAAAAAGCUUGUAACUCGGUUUCGUAGAAGAUGGGUGCGCCGGGCACAUUGUCCGGUUCUGGGGGGGCUUCGAGUAUGGCAGUUACAACGG